AUGGAAGAAGAAGGACAGGACGCUUACCGUAUGACUACUCGUGGCAUCACAAGGCACUACGUGGAUUCACCAGUUUCGGGACACGUGGACAGUACCCAUAGCUCAAUGAGUUUGUCACACAUCUCCUCGGAAGAUGAGCAACAGCAUUCCGAAUUUCAUCUGGAAUCAUCAACAGACUCCCUGUUUCGAACACCAUCGCUGACCACACGUGGUCGAAAACGUCGGUCAUAUGAGGAAGGUGUCGCUGUAUCGAUUGAAUCACCAACCAUUAGCAGAAGAGGACGUCCUCGAGGCAGUACGCGACCUCGAGGUGUUGGUCGUCGGGCGAGCGGGACAUAUUCUCAGGAAGAUGCUGAUGAAAGCAGUUUGUUCAGUAUGGUUAAAAGUGGCAAAAAUUUGCAUACUGUAAUUGAUAAUUGGAUCGAGGAGUAUGAAAGGCAUCCGGACAAUGCUCUUGUACAAUUACAACAGUUUUUCAUCUCGUGCUGUGGAUGCAAGGGAAUUAUUUCGUCCGUUAUGCUACAAACUAUGGAGUAUAGUGAAAUAAUUCGUCAAAUGACCGAUCAGUUUGAUGAAGAUACUGGUGACUAUCCUUUAGUGAUGCCAGGGCCUUUGUGGAAAAGAUUCAAACAAACGCUUGCUGAUUUUAUUUUACUUUUGGUCAAUAAAUGCAAAUCAAGUUAUGUGUUCGACCAACGUCUGAUGGAUAGUGUUAUCCAACUACUUACUGGUCUGGCUGACAGUCAAGUGCGAGCAUUUCGACAUACAUCUACAUUCAUAGCCAUGAAAUUAUCAUCUGCACUUGUAGAUGUUGCUUUGGAGUUGGUGGAUCUGAAAGCAAAGAAUAUAAGACAGGUUGAAACCGAAAAGGCAAAAUUAAAAGCUGAAGGACCGAAUAGCCGUCUUGAUGUAUUAAUCAAUAAAAAGGCUGAGAUUGAUGAUAAAACUGAAGAUAUCAGACAAAUGCUAACCUACAUUUUCAAAAGUGUCUUUGUGCAUCGCUAUCGUGAUGUUGUACCUGAUAUCCGAAGUAUCUGCAUAAAUGAACUUGGCCAGUGGAUGUCGGUCUACCCAGACCAUUUUCUUGAAGAUUCAUAUCUCAAAUAUAUUGGCUGGUCUUUAUAUGAUAAGAUGAGCGAUGUACGUUUAAAAUGCAUUUUGGCACUUCUUCCACUGUAUAGCCAACCGCAUAUGGCGCAGAAGUUGGAACUAUUUACAAAUAAGUUCAAAGAUCGUCUUGUUACCAUGGUCAUGGAUAAGGAUAGUGAUGUUGCAGUACGUGCAUGUCAGCUACUGACAGAAAUUUAUCGUAUCUAUCCUGCGGCUUUAACAUUAAAAGACUGUGUACCCAUUUAUGAGAUGGUGUACUGCAAUCAUCGUGGUCUUGCUCAGGCUGCUGGGGAGUUUCUAAAUACAAAAGUAUUUCAAAAUUUGCAAGUGCUUGCACCAGAAAAAAAUCGUGCCAGCGACAGCGCAAAGCAGUUGAUUAUUGAUCUGGUCCAGUUCUUUGUGGAAGGCGAUUGCCAUGACCAUGCAGCCUAUCUUGUUGAUGCUCUUAUUGACACUAAUCCAAUGAUCAAAGACUGGAAAACAAUGUCAGACUUGUUAUUAUCUGGUGAAGCUGAAGGUUUCGAAAGUGAACUAAUUGAAGUAUUGGUUUGUUCUGUAAAACAAGCUGCUUCUGGUGAAAGUCCAAUUGGACGAGCGCAUUUGUCGAGGAAAGGAUUGGUUGUUAAUAAAGAUGUUCGCUUGUUGCAAGAGGAUAGAGCUCGACUUUCAGAAGUGCUUAUUCCUCAAUUGCCACAACUUCUUCAGCGUUUUAUAGCUGAUCGAGACAAAGUGGCAAAUCUAAUCACUGUACCACUCCAUUUUCAACUUGAUAUGUACAUGGCUAGUAGACUGGAAAAACAUUUGGAUGAGUUAAUGAGUAUUUUGGAAAGCAUCGUUGAAAAACAUGCAGAUGAUGAAAUUCUUCAGUGCGUUGCAGAAAUAAUGUCUUACUUCACAACCAAUGUUGCUGUAGCACAGCAUACAGAAACACACCAUUUAAAAAUGCUGGAUGGUUUGGCUUUACAGUUGCGACAUUCUAUACAGCAUUUUCAUAGAGAGCAAACAGUGGAUGAAGAAGACGAUGCAGCUAUGCUUGCAGCUUUUCGUAAAAUUACGGCUUUUGCAAUGUUUGAAGAUUUGAAAAAGUGGCAGUUGUGGGAUGUCGCACUUAGUGUGCUGACAAAUGCAGACGAUAAACAAGUAUCACGGGAUGUUGGCGAGAAAGCCGUUAUUCUGCUGUUUGCCACUUUAAGCUGGGAUAUAAAUCGUUUGGUUACUGAACAGGAACCAAAUAAAGCGGAAGCAAUAAAGAAAUUGCGGAAGCAUAGGGAUCAGUUCACUGCAUUGGUUACAUCAAUAAUGAUGAGUGGUGCAUCGGGUGUUGAAAAUGCAUUCUUGUGUUUUGUGGAUGCUUUAAUGAUGUUCAAUGGACUACCUGAUAAAAGUUUGUCAAUCGAAUUGAAUAGAGAUAUUACGCGAGCACUUUCAAUGUUUGUAGAAGAUAACGUUUUUGUGGAGGAGAAUGAUGCAGAACGAUCUCUGGAUCAACAGACGCAAGUGGAGCUAAUGCAUAAGCGGCGCAAAAUAUUAGUUCAAUUUUGUAAGCUGAUAUUGCAUGGUAUCCUUCCAAUUUAUGAAGCCUGCAUAGUAUUACAAUUCUAUACAAAGUUUUAUACCGACUUUGGUGAUAUUUUAAAAACUUUACUUACAAAAUGUCGUGAUAUGGACCGUUUGAGUUGUGCAAGAGCAGUAGCAACGGCGCUUUGUCAUUAUUAUGAGGAAAUCAAGCGUGCUUCCGAAGGGAAUUGUAUCGACCCAAAUUCAGAUGAUUUUGCUUCCAUUCGUGAUCUGGCAAAGCGUUUUUCCAAUCUGUUUGGUUCCGAUCCAGUUAAAAGUCGUGAAGCUUUAGCUAUUAUUCAUAAGGAUGGUAUCGUGUUUGCUCUAAGAAACGAUGAAAGCAUAAAUCGAGAUAUGCCGCAUACAAAUCUAAGCUUUCUCGAAAUUUUGUGCGAAUUCAGCAGCAGAUUACUCCGACAGGACAAAAUUUCUGUUCUUCGAUAUUUGGAAAGACAUGGUGAAAUGUAUGCUAAAGAAGAACCAUAUAUAAUUUAUAAAGCCUCUUUACAAGAGCGUAGUGACGAUGUUUCGACUGUUCGUAAUUUAGCUCUAAGGGGGCGGAGUCGAGGUCGUGGACGAGGGAAGGGUACGCCAACGUAUACACCAGCAGCAUCUGUGUAUGGAGGCGAUGACUAA